AUGAAAUCAAGAUAUUAAGGCACUAUGAAUUGGGAUUCUGGUCAUCAAAAGAACAUGAUGCCUACACCAACUUUAGUAUAGAGCCGUAACGCAGGAUUUGGAAGUUCGAGGCUGCUCUUGGAAAGGCCUUAAGUUGCUCAAGAUCUCUGUUUCCUUUUGGAACUUAUUAAAGAGCACACAUUGUAAGAAUAUAUGGAAUUCCAAAAAUAAUUUGCCUCAAUGAACAGGACAAAGAGGAUUAGAUAGGAAUUUUAUAUAAUUUCCUAUCCCAGUAUCAUAAAUAGAAGAUACCAAAUCCAGAGUAAAAAAAAAAUUAAAUACCAGAUUUACAAUGCUAUCAGUAUGUGGUAAGUAGGUGGAUUUCUUAGACAUUAGAAUGUAAAUACCAAUCAUAAAUUAGAAUUGAUAUAAUACAUAAAUAUAAAAUAUCCUAAAAAUAUUAUUUAUUUAAAAAUGAUUGUUCAUAAACAUAAAUAAGUCUCACAUCAAUUACAUGAGGGUAGAUCUCAUGUUCAUAUUUAUUUUAGUUUUAACAAAAAUGUAUAGACAAAUUUCAUAGGUCCAAAAAGUACAUCUUUUCUUUUUUCCUUAACUUUUUUAAAAGGGGGAGUAUUACUAUUUUUUAGGUUAAAAAUAAAAUCUUAUUAAAUUAUUUGCUCAAGUCUUUGAAUAUAAUAUUAAAGAUUUAGCUCUCUAACAAAAACGAAAAGAAUAACAAUUGUUUACUAUAAGUAUAAAUCAAACAAUCAAAUUACAAUAAUAAGACAUAUUCCAGUCUCAUGACAUUUAGCUGAAAAAAUAAUUAUUGAUUUUUUAUAUAAAGGAUGAGUUAGAACUCAAUUUUUGA